GUUUCAUCGAGUCAGCAUUUGGCACUUUCGGAAGUAAGGUAAUCAAAGUAUGAUUAAAGUUGUGUAAGAGUCUACCUGACCUGAAGAAAGAUGAUGCAGGGCCGCCUUGCCUCCCUCUUCCCCCUUGCGCGAUCAACCACCACUGCCACCUUCCAGUUCUCAUCUCCAACCUCCCCUCCCUCCACCAGUAGCAAGCGAGCUCCCAAACGGUACGACAGCUGGCAGAGGCGCAAGCCGGGAGCCGCCGAACGCGCACUGUUUCCUCCGUACGUCGUGUCCUCUGUUCGCCGGCGCGGUAGCUCUGGAUCGUCGUCUCUCUUCCAUAGUUUUGGAGGCGGGAUUACGGCGAACGACGAUUGACCACGAGGAUUUGACGUCCGGGAAGCCUCAAAUCGUGCUUUGGGCUAGUGUUAGAGGUAAGGGUUUUAUCCUCGUUCGUUAAAUUUGUAGAAUUAGUUAUGGUGGAGAUUGUGGGAGCUUGCAAUAGACCAUUAAGUAUAGGAAUGAGUUAUAUAUUAAUCCUUAUAUCUAUAUGGACGAAUGCAAUGGAAGUACUGUAUGGUGUUGGAUUAUUAACCCAAAGAAGCUCGGUUACAUGUUAAAAGCAAAAUCCCUUUUCAAUCUAGUAACUACAUUUAAUUAGUUGCGUGCGUGGAUGGAAUGCAUAGUAGUUUGAUCAUUAUGGUGGUGGUGGGGGGGGGGGGGGGGGGGGGUUCAAGCGAGGAUGGACUAAUUGAAAUUAGGUGUAAUUCUAAUUGUGGUGUGGUUAAUAAGAGUUGUGGUUUACAGUUUACUUUACAAAAACUUGUGGUAUGCGUUAUUGGACUUGUAGUAUAUUUUCAGAAACUUGUGGUGUGCUUUAAUAAACUUAUGGUGUGCUUAGAUGAACUUGUGGUUAGCUCUAAGAAACUUGUGGUGUGAUUUAAUAAACUUAUGGUGUGCAUUAAUUAACUUGUGAUAUGCUUUCUAAAGUUCCUGUCAUGCUUCAAUUGACAUGUGGUGAGGUUCUAUUAUGCUUUAUGAGUUUUCUGGUAUGUUUUUAUGAAAUUUGUGGCGUUUUGGUAUGCUUUCUAAACUUUGUGGUUUUGUUUUUUUAGUGUGGUUUCUUGUGUUUGUGAUUUAGAUUUUGUGAAAUUAAUGCACCCUCUUCCCCCAUUUAAUGUGUACACACACGUUGGUCCCUCUUUCUCCCAAAUUAUCAUAUUGACCAGUGUGUCCCUACAACCUCUUCUCUUGAUUGUUGUCAACCUAUUUAAAUUAAAGAGUCGUCAAAUGAAAUGUUCAUAUUUGUUGAAGCUAGUGUUAGCACUUUAGUCCCUCUCUUUUUAGAUUUAGUAAAAAUUUAUGUUUUUUGUUGCCUUUUAUAUUAUGGAUUUUAGUUUUAAGGGUCUUUUGGAUCGUGAAUUUUGAUCUAAGAGAUUUAUGAAGGAGUUGGGCUAUAAUACUCACUUAAAAUCCAUAUAAUUUGGAUAAGGAAUUUGGGCCAAAUACCACGCUUGUGGGUUUGGCUCAGGCUUUUGGUGGAUAAAAUAAAAAUAUUAUUUUGCCCCCCUUAUUGUUCAUCGGAUCUUCUUCUUCCCUCUUACUUCUUCCUCUGUAAAUUGGUUCUUCUUCACUUGCCUUCAUCAAGUAGAGCUAGCAAUGAUGGUGUCCAGUUCAAUACUUCAAUUCCUACACUACAGUUGUUCAUGGAUGGUGAAUGGAGGCAUUGCCUCCUCACCAAGCUCGAGUGGAUACUCAAAUUGAGCGUCAACUCCUCUUUCACUGUUCCUCCACAUUCGCUUCCUUGCAUCAUCGAAUUUGGAUUCAAACUCAUUUAGGCUCAGAACUCUGAUGUUAUUCUUUCUUAUAUGUGUAUCUUUUACCCAUUUUAAUGGAGGUGCGAAUGUCCCCAAAUCGCAUUGAUCAUCCCUCUCUUCCUCUCGUCAUCCUCAAAUCACACCUCUUUCUUAUCGUGCUUUCGCCAAUCCUGCAAAACCUAGAAUAGAUUCCUGGACAAUGA